GACGGCAUGACCUUAGGAGAUCUGUUUAACAUACUUUUUGACAGCCCCUGCGGAUCUGGGAUUGCUAGCGACCCAGGGAAGUACUUUCUUCCAUUCCUUUCAUGCGUGGACUGACACACUAGUGACACCCACAAGUCUUCACGACACCUAUAAGAGGCGGCUUCCCCGCGAUGCACGCCAACUCAGGCGGGCGGCGGAGUGGCGUGGUCGCGACGGACGACCGACGCUUGCGAUGGAGUAUCACUCAGACCCUGCUCGUAUCCGUCGAGCCUGCGAAGGACCUGUUCAAUGUGAAGCUAGCGCAGGAGUCGUCAACCUGUCAUGCUCUCACAAAAGCACCUUCGACACCACCGUUUCUCACUCAUCAUUCUUGGUCCAACUCGGCGCGGAUUACUGCGCGAACGAUGUAUUCGUUGCGUUCGACGCUCGGGUAUGCACCUUGCGACUCUUCAGGUUCAUAUCGGCCUCAUCUCGUCACGAGAACUCGCUAUGCCUGGUUCUCCUACUGCGCGCAAUCCUGUUGCAAGACUGGCAGGGAAAUGAAGAAAUCGAUCUGUCCACCGCGCGCAGCAUCACGGUAGUGGUGAAAGGGAAAGCGAGCACGACCACCUUAUCGUACCCCGCAUCUCAUUGCUCCCCGCGGGCCGUCUACCGUCCUGUUCUUCUGUCACCGAACAGUCCUGCUGUCAAUCAGAUAUGCGCUGCUGUACCAGUAUUUCUCGCAGAGAGCGACCCUGAUGAGUACACCCGCUAUUGACUACGAGCGCAUCGUUGGGAACGACAGUCCCGCGACAUAUAUUGUCGAUGGAACCAGCGUCACCCUCUAUCGAGGCAUACCGCUCAACGGCGGUACUCCCGAUGGUCGCCGAUUUCUCUCCCUCGGCAAAUCCUACGGGCAU